AUGGCUCCUCCCCUCGCCGCGGCAAUUGUCAAUCGAUUGACGGGCUUUUACCAAGCCCGUUUCGCCCAACGAGAAUCAAUGCGACUCCAGCAAGAAGCCAUCGACUUCUACCAGAACGUAAAAGACGCAGUAGAUAUUGCCGCAAUCGACUCCCUGACCCUUCAAGAAAGAAUCGAAGAUCUCGACUUCAGUCUCGCUGCCUUCCACGAACUUACCGUCGGUAUCCAUCAAGCCAUUGACCUCUGGGACUCCCUCCCGCCCAAGGAAACGGCAGGAGUUAACCUCCCGUGGCCAAAGUUUCCCAGGCCACCACCACCAACCGUUGAAUCCCCACCCCCACCACCAAACCCACCCCUCCAGUCACUUCCCAACGCACCGGUAUUAGCAGACCCCAAGGUAAGCAACGGCGCCCGCUGGCAGGCACAGUGGGCAGAGUGGCUCGAGGCACGCACCCUGGAUCCCGCAGACCUCGUGUGGUUCCCGACCCAGGAGGAACCAUUCUACAGCCAGGUGCAGGAGGCGCUGGGUACUUGUGAGGAGCGCAAGGUGCAGGUAGUACGAGAUGCCAAGUUCCAGAAGUUCUGGAAGGCUAAUCGACCGUGGGGUCGUUCGGGCGAGGGUGAGGAGGGUAAGAGUGUUUGGACACAACCUGCGCGGGAUCCUGAGGUGUUGAAUGGGGAGGUGUCACCAAGGACGGUGCCGAAGUGA